AUGACCUUGAGGAGACUUCCGUGGAUCAAUUGAAUAAUUACCAAUUCAGUUAUACCGACAACUGGGAUAGAAAGCAGUGACUUGUUCGUGUCUACUUUGCUUCUUCUUCUUCUUCCUUUCUAAGCUUGCCUACCCUUUGUAGAGUGUGUGGAUUUUUCAAAGAAAUAUGAGGCCUUUACAUCUCGAUGCAUACACAGACAAUUAUGUCCCGCCAUCAGUAUUACCAAAGUUCCCGAGAUUUAUCUCGAAAUGGUUAGGUGGUGCACCGGCAAUGAAGGACGUGCCAGAGGCUUUGCAUUAUGUUGACAUUUUGAUUGGUUCUUUUGUUUCUCUCUUAACAAUUGAAGGAGUAUUCAGGCACUCGACUGUGUUUCAAGAACACCACGCACCUCAUAUCAUUGCCAGUUACGGUGCGACAGCCAUCUUGGCAUUUAAUGUCCAUGUUGCGCCUCUGGCACAACCUAGGAACAUCUUUGUGGGUAAUUUCAUCUCUGCAUUGAUAGGUGUAUGCGUCAUGAAGCUAUUCUCUUUGUCAGAGACAGGUAGGGAUCAUUACUGGGUAGGUGGUCCAUUGGCAGUGGGCGUGGCUAGCGUUGCAAUGUCAGCAUUGAACUGUGUUCAUCCACCUAGUGGUGCAAGUGCUCUAUUGCCCUUUAUAGACGACCAGAUCAGAGCAAUGAGUUGGUGGUAUUUACCAGCACACAUUGUCAGUUCGCUGCUGAUCAUUGGCGUUGCGUGUGUCACUAACAACAUUCUCCGGUCCUAUCCUGUGUAUUGGUGGACUGCUCAUCAUUUCAGAGAUGAGAAACCCGAUAAUGCUGGGACCAAAAGUUCUGAUUUGGAAAUCGGUGAUAAUAAAGCAGGCGAUCUUUCUAUUGUGGAAAGAGAUCUGGUUAUACCUCAGGGGACUGUACUCACUACAGCUCAAAUGCAAUUUCUCGAAUCUCUCAAAGACAUGAUCAUAGACUAAUUACUUUCAACGACGUCAAGCUGUUUUUCCUCAUGUAGUAUCAAGCCUUACGUAGAAUGGUAAUUUGUUCCUGUCAACUUCAAGUUUUGUUUCGAAUAUCUCGAUAAAUUCCAUAUCGCUUUCCCCCUUGCCUCCAGCGUACUUGUCAUACUCUGUAAAUAUACCUGUUAGACUCCAUCC